CGAUGAAGCGCUUCUUCUCAAAGAGCGCGCCGAGGAGGAAUCCCGCGUGCGUUUUUUCGGCGCCCGCCGUCCGGCAUUCUUGUACAGCAGUAGUGGCCGCCGCCGGUGGGUGCGUGGUGGCCGACGUCGAAAGCAGUCGGUGUGUGCUUCUCUGGAUGUGCGUGCUCUACUCGAUGCAAUGGUGAAGCCGUGCUGCUGAAUAGCUUCCUCGAGCAGUCAGUGUUGUCCACCGUGGCUAGCAUGGUUGUGCGUCGACCGCCAAGAUGAUGAAGUGGAGGGUGCAAGGCAAGUCGGGCUGCUCCGCAAGGAAGAGCUCUACUAGCCGAUCGGCCAAACGCCCCAACACCGAAGACUCGGAGGAUGUCCGUGCGUCCCUGGAUUUCUUGGACAAGGUGAUCGCAGAGUACAACGGCGCCGAGAAUGGUGUGGCGCCGGCUCCGGAAGAUGACGCUGUCGUCGCUAAACCUGCGAAGACGGGAGCGGACGAGCCUCCUCCUUGCCCGGACAAGAGACCCGAUGUGUCGCCGCACGAGCGCUUCUCCGUCAAUCUGGUCAUCGUCAACGACGUCGUUAAGGAGAAUGAGGACGACGCCACGCCGCCACCAGUGCCCAAGCGACCACCGCCAAGCCUUCCCCGGUCCUCUUCCACUGGCUCCGUGACGUCAGCACGCGAUUACCCCAUCAGUCCUCCGCCGAGGAGACGGUACCUGAGCCCAGAGCGGCGACGACGGGCGCUGAUGAUGAACGCCGCAAAUGGUGCCUCAGCGAGCACUCCGGAUUCACCGGACGCCUUACUAGGCCGCCGCCCCUUCCAGCGUUCUGUCACAGAGCUCCGAGCUCCCUUCGACCAGAAAUCCGUUAUUCCGGACACGAGACCGCCAGCCGAGCAAACGAGUGUAACGGCUGUCACGCGCCGAAGCGACUCGACGUCCGCCGUAACGCUGCUUAGAACAGGUCGCCAGCCAACGUACGUAGAUAGCGGGUCACCGAAUCAUCUGAAUCGCGUCGACAGCUUCGGUAGGGACGAUGGGCGGAGGGGCCAUGCGAUUUCUGCCGGCGAGUUCAAGCCCUACCUGUCGCCGCCAGUGGAAACGCGCCUGCCGAAAGAAUUCGCUGUUCUUUCGAGUCCGAUGGAAGUGUCGAGAGCAUUGGUGGGCUGCCGUGCUGUUGAUGCUUCUACAAGCUCCAGCGCCGAGAUCAAGCUUCAAGAUUGUUCUGCCACGAAAGACGAUAGCCUUCGACGGCAAGCUGCGUCUCCCAUAUGUUCCAGGGCUUUCUUUUACUCUACUAAGCAGUGCGCUUUGCAGAGGCUAGAUGAAAGUACGAAAGACGUGGCUGACGAAGUAAAAGUGACAUCGGUAUCAGAAGCAAGGCCCUGUUCACCAAGUCCGCACAACAACCAGCUUACCGAUAUUGCUGAAGGGGAAAUCCACAACAUGUCAGAUAGCCCGAAACCAGAUCUUUGUGCAAACAACGGCAGUUUCCAUUCGGAAAACGGCAAGGUCGUCCGUGUGGUCAACGGGGGCUACUCGCCGAACGAGACAACUCACGAGAAAGAAAAUGCCAGGUUAACGGUAACGUUUCGAACUCUUCCAGAGACAGGGAGCUUCCGGCGCAAAUGCGAAUCUCGUAACUCGAUCCACGUAGACUUGAACGUGCGCGAUGGUCUUCCCUGGAACGGGCGGACUCAAAGCUCCGCAUCGUCGGGCAGUAGUGACGAAAGCAGCCACGCCGCUGCCGUGUCGAGCUCGGGAUUAUGUCGUAGCCGCAGCCUGAGAAGCCAUCGGAAGCCCGAGCUGUCCGACGGCGUUGCUGCGUCCAGGACAAUGGAGGAUUUCUUACCUCCGCCGCUUCCGCCGCGCAAGACCAAGGAGGACGCCCGACGGCAGGCAGAGGAGAGCGCCUCACCCACGCUGAAAAGGGUCACCUUCCACAUUCUUCCAACGACCCACGAGAAUUCGGAACGCAAGGAAAAGUCGUCCUCCGCGGAGAAGCGCUCGGUAAAAGAUUCCUCGGAGGACGGUUUCUUCACACGCCCGCCACCCAAGACUCCGUCGCCCGUAGUUCUUAAAGGGCGAGCGCCAUCACCUACGUGUCACAGAGCGACGAACGGCUCUCCUGUCGCCGCUAAGAUCAAGGAGCCAUCGCCUCAGUGUCAACGUCGACUGGCCAAGGUGAACGGCGUUCAGGGCAAGACGGGACCGAGGGACGCCGCGAAGACGCCUGGACAUCCAACAAAAGAGGCUGUAGUCAAGAAGACGUUCGAACCGCCUUCGGCCGCGAGUGAUGUGUCUACGGACUGCUACAAUGUAUACAACGUCCGCACUGGCAAGAUCUCCUCCACCGUGACCAAGCCGAACGCGCUUGGCCGUAGCGUGGCCAGAGUGCCCCAGGAGUGCCCCAACGGGACACGGGGUCAGCUGACCAAGCUAAGGAACAUAUCCCCAACCAGGGAGGCGGAGAAACUCAUCGGCAAAAUCAUUUCUAGGUGCAAGUCGAGUGCGGUGCUGAACGGCAAAGAUCGAAACAAGCCCGCCUCGCCGCCCCCUCCGUCGGCGGACGGAGGCAACGCACAGCCGCAGCUGCUCAAGCUCACCGCCAGGCAGCAGCAGCGACACAGUAGGUGCACGAAGUGUGUCCUUGCCCAGGCUGCCAAGUGACGUCACCGACAGUGGAUUUUCCGAUGACGUCGUCAUUCUCGGUCUUUACUUAAACAGCACUCACUUGUUCCUCCUCCCCUCGCAUCGGCGGCAUUCUGCCAAGUGGGCAACCUCCAACUGAGAAAAACAACACGGUCGCCGGAGACUGCUCUGACGGAGCGGAGGCAUGCAUCAUGCCUCUUUGUCGACCGUGCCUGACGUGCAUUAGUCGUGUAAUUAAAGAUGUCUAUUAACAAUCUAGCAUUUGCCCGUUUUA